AACUACUAUGUAUGUUUAAUUACUCUUGUGUUUCUUGAUUGCAUUACGUAUUUGUAAAUUACAGAUGAUCUAAUAACAUGUAUUUUCCAUAAUUUUUAGGAUACCUCAACUUAAACAUUCCCCGUCGUUAUUAAAUAUUUAAUCGUGCAUGCGUUUAUAAUUGCGAUGGCUGCUCUUGACAGAUUUCGAUGUGACGAUGAGACCGGAGAAAUUAUAACGUACCAGGUCAAUGAAGAAACUGGCGAACCAUCAAAUAUUCAUAAAAGUUUUCCAAUAAAUUCAGGUCGAGAACUAAAAUGUUCACGAAAACAUAUAAAAUUUCCUCGCGGAUAUAUGAGUAAAACAAAAAAAUUCCAAACUCUGAAGGAAAAAAUUUUAUCUGGUUCUAACACUGUGAGUCACAGAAUGCUUCUCUCGAUACCUACAUUAAUGAUUUUCCCAAGUCUUGUAUGUGUGAUGUUAGUGAUACUUGAAAUUUUUCUACAUAUUGGUUGCCACAGGAAGAAUGUAAUGUUAAAAGAUUCUAAUCUAUUUUAUCAAAGCCCAUUUCAUGUUGUUACAAGUAUAUUUUGUGGAGUAUGCAGAGAUAGUAAUACAGCCUUAAAAAUAACUGCUCUACAAGAUAAAAGGCGCUUCCAUUAUGAUUAUUUUACUGGUUCAUAGAAUUCAUUUGAGAAAUAUCACCUAUAAAUCUAAAAUUUAAUUAAGGGAAUUUACAUAUUACUAAAUUUUGUUAUAAGACUUCAUUUGUAAUUUCUUUAUUUAUAUAAAACUCAUUUGUUAUCAGCCCUGCAAUAAAAUCCAAAUUUUCCAUCUUAUAACAUCUACAUGUUAAUGUUUGAACAAAGUUAAUAUAAUUUUUUUAUAAAAUAAUAAUUGUACUUGUUUCAAAAUA